AGAACUGAAGACCACACACCAUCUUUGCAGGACCAGAAGGGCUGAAGUGAAGCCAUGAAGUGGCUGCUGAUCGCCCUGGCCCUGUGGCUGGGCACAGCGAGCAUACUCGGGACAGAGCUGGAGCUCAGCGAGAUACAGCGCAGAGGCCUGCAGGUGGCUCUGGAGGAGUUCCACAGACACCCACCUGUGCAGUGGGCCUUCCAAGAGAUCGGCGUGGACAGCGCCGAUGACGUGAUCUUCUCAGCUGGCACCUUUGUGAGGUUGGAAUUUAAGCUCCAGCAGACCAGCUGCCUCAAGAAGGACUGGAAAAAACCCGAGUGCAAAGUCAAACCAAACGGGAGAAAGCGGAAAUGCCUGGCCUGCAUCAAACUGGACCCCAAGGGUAAAGUUCUAGCCCGGCUGGUCCACUGCCCAGUACUGAAGCAAGGGUCUGAGCAGAAUCUUCAGGAGGCCCAGUGCAGUAAGAUAGCACAGGCUGGCGAGGACUCCCGCAGCUUCUUCUUCCCAGGACAGUUUGCCUUCUCCAGGUACCCGCAACCCAAAUAGGCCCUGAGUAGGUAAGUGAUUGGUGGGCGGAGCCA